AUGGAUCAUCGGCUGAAAAUCGAGACCUCUGAAGAAGAUGAAGAUUACGAGGACAGUUUGUUAUCCGACACGUCUUCCGAAGCAGACGAUACCAUCCCCAAGCCACCCCGGGGGCUGCCAGUCGCACAACUGCCGACUGGCUUAUGCUAUGAUGACCGCAUGCGGUAUCAUGCCGAGAUCGCGGCCACCACUGGAGAGAAUGUCCAUCCCGAGGACCCUCGGCGAAUCUACUACAUCUACAAGGAGCUCUGUGAAGCCGGCCUGGUGGACGACGAAUAUUAUCCCCCGAUGGUCGAGGUACCACUCAAACGGAUUGACGCGCGCGAGGCCACACGUGAAGAGUGUCUUCUCGUCCAUACUCCGGAGCAUUAUGAGUUCGUCAAGAGCACCGCUAAUAUGACGGAUGACAAACUCAUCGAUCUGUCUGAGGAUCCCGAAAUGGACUCCAUAUAUUUCAACGCCCUGUCUUUCUUCUCGUCCAAAUUGUCAGCAGGUGCGGCGAUUGAGACUUGUCGGGCAGUCGUCUCGAGGAAGGUCAAGAAUGCGAUUGCUGUCAUCAGACCCCCGGGGCAUCAUGCCGAAGUCAAUCGCACGAUGGGGUUCUGUUUGUUCAACAACGUAUCCAUUGCUUCCAAGGUGUGUCAGAACGACUUCGGUGAAGGUUGUAGGAAGAUCUUGAUCGUCGAUUGGGACGUCCACCAUGGAAAUGGCUGCCAGAAAGCCUUUUACGAUAAUCCCAAUGUCCUGUACAUUUCGCUUCAUGUCCACAUGAAUGGCAUGUUCUAUCCCUCAGGAAAUGAGGGAGACAUGUACCAUUGUGGGACUGGUGCUGGUCUCGGCAAGAACGUCAAUAUUCCCUGGCCUACCAAAGGCAUGGGCGAUGGCGAUUAUAUGUACGCGUUCCAACACGUGGUUAUGCCGAUCGCCACCGAAUUUAAUCCCGACUUCGUCGUUGUCGCUUCUGGAUUCGACGCGGCGGCAGGAGAUGAGCUGGGCGGAUGCUUUGUCUCGCCCCCUUGCUAUGCACAUAUGACGCAUAUGCUCAAAUCCCUCGCUGGCGGUAAGAUAGCCGUGUGUCUAGAGGGAGGUUACAACUUCCGUGCCAUUUCGAAAUCUGCUUUAGCAGUUACACGCACCCUGAUGGGAGAGCCGCCCGACAGGCUCCAUGCCACAGCUGCCACCAUCUCGGCCGUGGACACUGUGAAUAAGGUUCGCAAUGUCCAAUCGAGGUAUUGGAAAAGCAUCUACCCCAAAGCUGCGGAUCGCGGAUCCCUAUUGAACGUGGCUCUAAUCUCUGAAUUAGAUGUCAUCCGGCAGUGGCAGGCAGCUCAUCUCUACGAUAAAUACAAGCUCACUCAGCUACACAUUUACCGCGACACCAUCUCGAAAUCUUUUGACCACCAGGUCCUUGCAACACCGAAUUACGAGAGCAAGAAGGGCCUCGUUGUCAUAUUCCACGAUUCGCCCGAUCUUCUAGGAGUCGGCAACGGCUUGACGACACAGCAGAAGCCACAUGAUACCUGGUUGGUUGACGGCGCGCAGUCGUACAUUCGAUGGGCAGUUUCGCACGGAUUUGGAGUCAUCGACGUCAACAUCCCCGAGCUGAUUAGUGUCUCCGAUUCCAACAACGCGGAAGACAAUGAGACCGAGGUCGAAUACGCCUCGACCGCAACAGACGUUGCACGGAAAGAAGGCGAGAAACUGUCCUCGUAUCUCUGGGAGAAUUACGUGGAGCCGUACGAGUUCCCUGGUGGCAUCUUCCUUAUUGGAGCGGGCCAUGCGUUUCAUGCUAUCGCCAAGUUGGUCAGUGAGCAUGAAAACAUUUUCCCCACUCUGCUGGGCAUCGUCGGCUUCAUCGCCACAAAUCCGAUCAGACCAAUCUCGAAUCCGGCCUCACACUGGAUGAGCCAGUGGUACCGCGACAAUAGCUUGGUCUAUGUAUCGCAUGUCCACAGCGUAUGGAAGAAGGAGGGAAAGGCGUCCAAGCGAUACGGCCGCCUUGUGCGGUCGAAUGGCGAAGUGCUCAACCAGAUGAUGAAGAUCCAUGAACAGGAGGUGUAUGAAUGGAUGAAGGAGAAGAUUCAAGAGAAUGCGACCGACGAAACCACCGAGGACGAUGAGGACGCCGUGGGGCGGGACAGUGAUGGCGACACCAUCGACGAUCCAGUCGCCCUCGAACAGCAGCAGCAGCAACAACAAUUGGCCAGUUCUUCACAGGCUAAUGUGUCGGGCAAUGGCCAUGAUGGCGUCGGAGCACCUACUCCGUCGGGUGCAGCUGGGGGUGGUUCGAGAGCAGCUGGUGGCGCCAUGUCGUUGCCCGGCAUUGGCAACGGAGAUGCUGGUGGCGCUGAUGUGCUGAUGACCACAGAGCAGUGA